GACACUACACAGGCGCUGCAGCCUGGAGGAGUUUUCAGAGUUCAAGGUUUUGUUUUCGUGACAUCUUUGAGUUGGCACAACCACUGGAUUAAAAGAAGGGCUGGACGACGUGUUUUUGCGACGGAAAGCCCUAAUUACCACACACAAGAUGCUGAACAUGUGGAAAGUUAGAGAACUGGUUGAUAAAGCAACCAAUGUUGUCAUGAACUAUUCAGAAAUUGAAUCUAAGGUUCGAGAGGCCACAAAUGAUGACCCAUGGGGGCCCUCUGGCCAAUUAAUGGGAGAGAUAGCCAAAGCCACGUUCAUGUUUGAACAGUUUCCAGAAGUCAUGAACAUGCUGUGGUUCCGAAUGCUAAAAGACAACAAGAAAAACUGGAGGAGGGUUUACAAGUCUCUACUUCUGCUGGCAUACCUGGUACGAAACGGAUCAGAGCGGGUAGUCACCAGUGCCAGAGAACACUUGUAUGAUCUGCGUUCCAUUGAGAGCUAUCACUGCAUAGAUGAAAACGGGAAAGACCAAGGUGUCAACGUGCGGCAGAAAGUGAAGGAGAUGGUGGAGUUUGUGCAGGAUGACGACAGGCUUCGAGAGGAAAGGAAGAAGGCCAAGAAGAACAGAGACAAAUACAUCGGCGUGUCCUCUGACAGCAUGGGGGGCUUCAGAUACGGAGACAAGUACGAGUCGCGCUCCAAGUGGGACGAUGACUGGGAAGGCAAUAAAGGUGCCUUUCCCUUCAGCGAGAAACUGGGAGAAAUCAGCGACAAGAUUGGCAGCACCAUCGAUGACACCAUCAACAAGUUCCGCAAGAAAGACAGAGAUGACUCACCCGACAGAUUCAGUGAGUCCGAGGAGGACAAAAAUCGUGAAGCCUACAACGGGAAGUCAGGCAGGAGUGAGUUCAAAGAUGAGGAAGAGACGGUAACCACCAAAAGUUUUAAAAUUCUUCAGGCCACAGAAACUACUGCCACACGAAAGAGAGGCGCCAUCCCCUCAAAAACUAUAGACCUGGGAGCCGCUGCCCAUUACACCGGAGAUAGACUUGCUGCUAACACAAAUGUCAGCAAGAUAGCAGAGUCAGGUGUGGGCCAGCCUGCUGGUGGCCUGGUGGACCUGUUCGGGGCAGAUCCUGGUCCCGCACAGCCAGCCUCUAGAGGUUUAGGCUCAGACCUAAUUGGAGGUUUUGCUGAUUUCUCUUCGCCUGCAGCUACAGCCAGUCUUCCUUCAGCACCUGCGCCCAGUGGUCAUGGGGACUUUGGGAACUGGAACAUUUUCUCAGAAGGCCAGGCAGCCACGCCUGCCACUCAGCCUGCGAACCCUGCAGACAGAGACCUGUUUGGCAGCCUGCCACCUGCCCCUGCACACUCCCACACCUCAGGCACCACAACACCUUCUGCAGACCUCUUCGGCCUUAUGGGUCCAUCUCUCGCUACCAGCAUCAGCGCAUCCCAAAGCAUGAACUUCUCCAUGAGCAGCAUUCAGAACAUCAGCCUGCCCAUGUCCAAAUCACAGCCUCUGCAGAGCAUGGGGACGCCACUGUUACCGCAGCAGCCUGAGGCCCAGAGGCAAGACGCCAAGCCCGUCAUGCCCUCCACCUGGUCCGACUCCAGCGUCAACAUCAGUCUGGACUACCUGGGUCCUGGCAUGCAACCCCCUAAGCCAACACAGCCCACGCUCAACAUGAUGCAGCAGCAAGGAGUCCCUGUCAACAUGAUGGCACAAGGCUUUGCCGGCAUGAACCUGGGCAUGCAGUCUGGCCCUGCCCCCAUCCGGCCCGUCGCCAGUCCCACGAUGGGAAACCUGGGGAUGCAGCCUGCCAUGGCAGGAGGUGCUAUGGGCAUGGCUCCCAUGGGAAGCAUGCCACUCGGCCAGGGCAUGAUGGGAAUGAACAUGGGCGUGCCUGCAGUCGGUAUGGGAAUGCCAGGCACUGUGGGCAUGGGGAUGAGAAUGCCAAUGCCAGUCAUGGGCAUGGGCUCUGCCAUGGUACAGCCAAAGCAAGAUGCCUUUGCUGAUUUUGCCAACUUUGGGAAAUGAACGGAAGAGCCAUAGGUGUAAUGCUAGGACAAUCUUUCUGGAAGGUGUGAUCGUGUGAGGUUGAGAGGUUAUUAAAGAGCUGCAAACAAAGAAUACUUGAAAGAUGUCAGUUAUGCCCGCCCAGAAUUCCCUGGUUACUUAAACAAUACUGAUGAUGUAGUGAGUUGCAUAUGCUAUGUUCUUCUAAUCAGUCUGGCCAAGGAGCUAUGAUGAGAAUGGUUAGUUUGUUUUGUAUGAGAGAGUAAUGUUUGCACAGAUAUCUUCCAUUUAAGUAUGACAUUGCUUUAAGUCUCAAAAGUGAUCAAUUCAGGAUGACCUAAAAGAAUGUGAUGACAAUGACUAGCCCUAGUCCACUGUAACCUUAACCAGUUCUAAAUUUGUAACAUGCACCCAGACUAUUACGUUUGUUUUAUCUUGUUUGAAUUAUCUUACAAGAAGUUACCUAAAGUCCUUGCCAAUCUCAUAUAGAUUAACUUGUACUUGUACCUUGUAAAUAUUACAAACAGACAAUAAGUUAUUUAAAUACAUAAUUAUAAAUGAAGAAUAAUAUUAAUGGGGCCCUUUGAUAUGAAUCAGUGCUGAAGUUCUUUGCUAUAUAGACUUUAUAUUUGUCUAAAUAUCCAUUCUGAUGUGGUGUGUCGUGAUUUUGUCCAGCAAGAGAGUGAAAAUCCUGUUCAGCAACCACCGUGGCCUUUGGGAUGGGUAUAUUUUUUUAGAAAUCUGAUCUGUUUUGCAUCUUUACGUAAAUGUACAUUGAGCACAGAGACUGGUCAUUCAGUGUCCUUACACACAAGGUGCCUAUCAACCUGUUGCCUGUAUCUUUUUCUCUUCAAACAUUCUUAAUAUGAGAAUAAGACAACAUGAAUAUACAGUAUUUAUUAAAGGUACUGUAGUAAAUACAGUGGUGUAUAUUUAUGCACACGUUUUUAUAUUUGCCCCCAGCACCCUCUCUUCUGUGCAUGGCUGGUUUAUAAUGUCACUGUAACAUUUUUGUUCGCUUGUUUGGUUGGGGUUUUUUUUUUUUUUAAAUUUAUUUUUAUUUUUUAUAUAUAUACAUGUUCUCUCAACCUAAUGUGAGUCAUUUUUUAAUGCAUUAAUGCAAGCCAGGACAUGGUGAGUGAGUUGUAUGAGGCUACAUGCUGAGAUAAGUGAAGAACGCCACACCAUGCAGUUUUGCUUCCAGAGUGAACUGUUGAGUUCUUAGCACCAUCGUAUUGUCAGGAGCAUCUGUGUCUUUCAUCCGUUUGCGCUGACGCCCACUAAACCCUAAGCCUUCCACCUCACUCAGAAGCACUGCAUGUACACACAAGUGACCAAAUUCUGCCUUCUCUUCAUUUUUUCCUAAGGAAUUAGGUUUUUUAGUAAGACUCAUCAGACUAUAUAUGUUAAAUCAUGGUGUAAUGUGUGAUGGAAUUAUGGAUCAUUACUGAAAAACACUAUACUAUUAUGCAAAUCUAAAAUGACCAACAAAAUGCCCUUCUUUCUAAGUGUAUGUAUUCAGACUCAUACACUGACUUGAUUGUACCCUGAUAUUCUUUAUGUAAGACAUUAAAGAGCUGAUUUUUAAUUGAA